AUGGGCAAGGACGCAGCAUGGAUCUACAGCCUCCCCAAGUCAGCUCACAUAGAUCCCACUCAGAUCCAAGGAAACCUCUCUCCGGAACAGAAACAACUUCAAGCCAACAUCUUCACUUUCUUCAUUGAUGGUGCGGGCGCGGCAGCUUCAGGCUAUGGCGCUAGUCUGGGUAAACGGGUUAAUUAUGUUUCCAUGAAUAUUGAGAAGGUCGAAGGGCGAGGGUUCCAAGCGGAGGGCGUCUGUGAAGUCACUGUUACAGAAGACAUGGUCAACGUCUUCAAGGUGCUUCAUGGCGGAUGCUCGGCCUAUCUGAUAGACCUUUGUUCGUCCGCUCCCUUGAUCAGCCUCGGCAUCUACGAGGGAAAUGAUAUGUCCGGCGUCUCGCAGUCGAUGAACAUCAUUUAUCACAGCUCCGCAAAAUUAGGCUCGGAGCUGCGUAUCAUCUCUAACAGUAUCAGCAAUCAGGGUAAGAUUAGGGCUGCACGCUGUGAGAUAUACGUGAGCUGA